AUGGCAGCGCCGCUGCUUUCGAUCCUCUCCUUAUUCUUAGAUAAGCUUAAAAAUUUUAAACACGAGGAAGUGACGCUCAGCGGGUUACGGUCCGCGCUGGAGGAGCUCGAGAAGAAGAUCAACGAGAUCAGACACUUCGUCCCCGACGCAGAGACCCAGGCCUUCAACAACGAGUACACCCGCCACUGGCUGAAAGAGCUGAAAAAUGCAGUGUACGACGCAGAUGACAUCCUCGAUGACUGCGCGAUCGCCGGGGAACCCGUGUCAGGACAGCCGGAAUCGCCCUCCUCGACCAACGCGGUAUGCCCUCGUUUCUUCUCUCCAUUAUCUUUCACGAGUCAGAUUGGAUUUCAACAUAAAAUGGAGAUGAGGAUAAAGAGUAUAAGCUCUAGGCUGGAGAAGAUCUCCAAAAAGAAGGCUGAGCUGCACUUGACGCCCACAGAUGAUGAUUUCUCAACGAAAGGCAACAGCUUUCAGACAUCAUCUCUACUCCAUCCAGAAAUUACUGGUCCUUCGCUUGAAUCACAGUUGAAAAAAUUACGGAGACUACUUGUGGGGGAUGAGAACGAGGGAAAGCUGAUAGCGAUCACAGGGAUGGGGGGAAUCGGAAAGACUACCCUAGCUAAAGCUACAUACAACGAUCGAUUCAUCGAAGCCAGUUUUCGCAUGAGGAUUUGGAUCUGCGUUUCCAAGUACUUUAACCAUAUUAAGAUAUUGAAAGAGAUGAUAGCGCAAGCAGGCGGGGACCCCCGGAUUGCUGACACUAAAGAACAGCUGGCCAUGAUCCUAAGCAGUCUCGUCAAAGGCAUGAAAAUUUUUCUUGUUCUGGAUGACGUCUGGACGACAGAGGUCUGGGAAGAGCUACUCCGAGUGCCCUUGCAGGGCGCCGCCGUUGGCACAAGGGUGUUGAUUACGACUCGUCACGAGUCUGUUGCGAGGCAGAUGGGGGUGUCCUAUCUUCAUCCUGCCGAAAGCAUGAGUGAUUCCGAAGCCUUCUUCUUUUUGUACAAUAUGGUACCCAGAAACGGGGAGGAAGAACAGUGGGGAACCCUGCAAGAUGUCGGCUUUAAAAUUGCCGAGAGAUGCAAGGGCGUCCCUUUAGCAUUAAAGGCAAUCGGAGGGAUUCUGAGAUGCAGGAAAAAGAACGUACGAGAGUGGGAGGAGAUUCUCGAAGAUCCAAUAUGGUCUACAUCCAUUUUCCCAGAGGAGGAGGAAACCGUAAUGAAAUCAUUGUAUUUGUCUUACAGGGAUCUGCCCCCAAACAUCAAGCAGUGUUUUCUAUACCUCUCGCUGUUUCCUGAGGACCUUGUGUUUCUGCGUCCCAGUGUCGUGCAGUACUGGGUUGCUGAGGGUUUCCUAAAACCAGAGGGCACUUUAACCAUGGAAGACGUAGGAACGAAGCAUUUCGAUGAGCUGUCCGAUAGGGGUCUUCUGCAGCCACAAAUAGCUCCGAUAGAGGGGGCUCUGUGCAAGAUGCACGACAUGGUGCGUUCUCUCUGUCAGUAUCUGGCUGAAGGUGAAUGUCACUUUGGUGAGAUGCCGAGACCGGAAAUCAGGUCCGGAAACCUCCGCCGGUUGUCAAUGAUGGAUUGUGAUUUUCCCGUAGACAUCCAUCUCUUGAAAAGGGAACAACGCCUGAGGACACUUCUUCUCUGUGGGAACCCAUAUGGAGGGGUAGUUCUAAAACAGGAUGUUAUCGAAGCUCUUGCGUAUCUGAGAGUGUUAGAUGUCAGUGAGACACCCAUUGAGGAGCUGCCACACUUCAUUACAAAACUUCGACAUCUGAGGUUCCUCAACGUCUCUGGGACUCCCAUUCGGGCGUUGCCAGAUUCGAUAGGCGACAUGAAAAGCCUAGAGUUCCUGUUACUGAAGUGCUGCAAGAACAUCUCGUUUCUUCCAGAUGGCAUAACGCAGCUUAGAAAUCUGAGGUGCCUCGAGAUGAACGAGGGAACUGUCAUAGACCAAAUGCCAAAGGGAAUCGGCGAACUGCGUCAGCUGCGAACUCUGAAGGAUUUUGUGGUGGGUAAGCGGGAGGGGACUCUGCAAGAAUUACGGGCUCUUUCACAUUUGAGAUCGCUGGUGGUUACCAAACUGGAGGGUGUGUCAGAAAGAACGCAAGCCAGUAUUCACCUCGAAAAGAAAACCUCCCUUAUUUACACCAGCUUCGAGUGGUCCUUCCCUCCCGUUGACCAAAUAAAGAGCAUGUCCGAAGUAUUUGAUGAGCUAUGCCCCUCAUCCUCCCUGCAGAUUCUCAACGUCGAUGGAUACCUUGGACCCACCCUCCCUCGUUGGAUGUGGCCUUCGUCGUCAUCUGGCGUCUCUCCCAUCCAUAAUCUCACACAUAUAACAAUGACCAACUGCAUAAUUUUCUCUCAGCUUCCUCCUCUCGGACUUCUCCCUAAUCUGAAGCUUCUCGGACUCAAGAAUUGCUCCCAGCUCGUAACCAUCGGAACCGAGCUCGCGAACCCUUCUGCUUCCCCACAUCCAUCUUCUUCCACUGCAAAUGGUGGCUCAACUGCUAUUCUGUUCCCCAAGCUGGAAUCCCUUUCUCUUGUAGAAAUGCCGAAUCUUGAAACAUGGUCCUGGAAAACAGACAACGGAACAAACAUGGUGGCUUUUCCUUCACUCAAAGUUCUGUACCUUGACGACUGCCCCAAGUUGAGAUGCAUACCCGAUGGCCCUUGGAGACGACUCAAGAAAAUAUACGUCUACAACCGCCAUUCAAUCUUGGAGGUCGUGAGUCUUCCUGCUCCGGAAGCAUUGUGUGUAAGAGAUGACAGCUCAGAAGACGUCCCGCCGUGGUUAAAGCACGUCUGUGUCGAUCCCACGGAUAAGGUGUCAAUCCUUUUCCUCCAUGUCAGCCUUAGUCUGCUCAGGAGAAUGUUACAGCAGAGAAAGGCGGACGUCGACGACUCAAAUGCUGGCUGGAAUGUCGUUAAACGAUUUCCUCGUGCUUUCGUUGUCGCAAGGGACGAUGAAAAAAUGUUUUUCUCCUACGACAAACAUGAAUCAUUAUUCAACACCAAUGUGCAGAUCGCUUAA